UUUCUUUUAAACAUAGCCAACGAAAAGUGGUACACUGAACCAACGAAGAAAGGUUUUCCCCAAAGUAUGAUUCAACCAUCAAAGAGUUGGAUUUGUUUACAUGUAUCAAAUACAAUCUUAUCAAUAUGAUAGGGAAGGGGUACGUUCGCUCGUAUAUAAGCGGGCCACCGCCGAGACAAGACAACAAUUAAGCUGCUUACUGGUAGCUGGCAUUGGACUCAGCACCGCAACAUUUGCAAGUGAACACGUUCACAUAAGGGUCCACAUACCCGAACAACAUCACGGCUCAAAAGAAGUAGUCCACGUUCACGAGCACCAUGACGACCACGGCGGCUAUGGCGGGGGCCACGGUGGGGGCCACGGGGGCCACGGCGGGGCCCUAGCUGACCACUUACACGGCGGAUUCGCGGACCACCUGAAGGGAGAUGGGGGCCACGGAGGCUACGGCGGUAGUUUCGGCGGGGGUCACGGGGGCCACGAUCUCGGAGGACACGGAGGCAGUUUCGGCGGUUACGACGGUGGCCACGGAGGCGGCUUCGGAGGACACGACGGCGGUUACGGCGGUGGUUUUGGCCACGGAGAUCUCGGAGGCCACGGAGGCCAUGGCGGAGAUUUGGGCGGCUACGGUGGCGGACAUGAUCUAGGUGGCCACGGGGGUGGUUUCGGUGGCCACGAUAUCGGUGGCCACGGGGGCGGUUUUGAUGGCCACGAUAUCGGUGGUCAUGGAGGCGGUAUCGGCGGCCACGACUUAGGAGGUCACGGCGGUGGAUUCGGCGGCCACGACUUAGGCGGCCACGGCGGUGGAUUCAGCGGCCACGACUUAGGAGGCCACGGCAGCGGAUUCGGCGGCCAUGACUUAGGAGGCCACGGAGGCGGAUUCGGUGGCCAUGAUCUCGGUGGUCAUGGAGGUGGAUUCAGUGGUCACGAUCUAGGAGGCCAUGGAGGAGGUUACGGAAGCCACGGCGGUGAUCUAGGAGGCCAUGGUGGAUUCGGAGGCCACGACCUGGGAGGCCACGGAGGCGGUCACGGAGACCACGCCAUUGAAUUAGGAGGUGGAUACGGCCUGGGAGGGCACGGGGGCGAUCAUGAUCACGGACAUGGCGGAUUCACCGGCCUUGGCAGCUUCGGGGGUCACGGGGGUCACGGAAUCGGUGGGGGCCACGGAGAUCAUGGAAUCGGCGGGGGCCACGGUGGCCACGGAUUGGAUCUUGGGGGCCACGGCGGUUUCGGCGGCCAUGACAGCCAUGGCCACGGCAGCUAUUCGGGCGUGGACAGUUACAGCGUUGGACACUCGGGCCACGAUAAUUCCAUCGGUUUAGGUGGAUUCGGCGGCCACGAUAGCUACAGCGGGGGCCAUGGACACGACAGUUACUCGGUGGGCCACAGUGGUGGUUUUGGGGGCCACGGAUCAGGGCACGAUAGCUAUAGCGUAGGUUUCGGUGCUACCGGUGGACACGGCCAUGGACUAUCAGAUCUCGGUCACGGUGGGGGCCACGGCGGCCAUGGGGGCCAUGGGGGCCAUGGUGGUUUCGGGGACAGCUACACGAACGCCAUAAGCGCGGGCCACGGGGGUGGACCUUACCAUAAGAGAAAAUAAACUAAAGUCCAGUAUUAG